GCUGAUUCCUCAUUCCCACAACCAGCUCUUUUAUUAGACCAGCUGUGAGUCUCCAGGUCUUUUGUGUCUUGAAUUACCGACCGGAAUUGACUGUCACUGUCAGGAUGGCACUUUCAGAGUGGACCAGAAUUUUCCUGGUAGAAGCCAAAGGUGUCCUGCAUGGAGACACUUGGAAUCUGGAGUUUGAUCCCUCUAUUCGACCCAACUCUCUAGAGCCAGGAUGGAAGGAAUACAUCAGGACCACGAGUGCAAGGUUUCAGUGCACCCAGUGUCGAAGAACCUGGCCUUCCAACCGAGUGAUGGUGAUCUUCCACAUGAGUCUGUUGCACAGGAACGGCCGUGUCAAAGUGAGGUGUUUCAGGCAGAACUGUAAGAAUUGCACUGACGCCCCAAUGGUGAAUCCCAGCAUCAGCGCAGAGAACAUCACCAUCCUCAUGAAGAAUCUGGUGAAGAAGAUAAGAAUAAAGUGCUACAAUGAAAACCUGGAUCAAGGCCACUAUAAUCACGAGAGGCUUGAAGUCAAUAAUCCUCACGAGCCUGAUCAUUGUGAAGGAUGUAGAGAAGGCAUCUGCAACAGAGAGUGAGCUGAGCUUUGUCAGUCUUCAGCUGAAUCUUAAAAAAAAAAAAAAAAAGUUCACCAUUUAGAUGUUCACCCAGAUGU